AUGGAUGCUGACGCCAUGGGGACGAUGGAGAUGGCAGCGCUCGGCCGACCUUUCAGCCUCGGGAUGCUGUAUGACUGCCGUAAAGACUCACUGAUCCCUGGCAUGACAUUGUGGGACCUUAAUGAUCUGAAAAAUGAUAUACAUGAAAGACCUCAGUGCUACAACAAUUGUGAGAUAGUUGCAUCUGAAUCAAUUGCAGAUAAAUCUUCAGCGUUAAAUGUUGAAGCAUCACUGAAGGCAAGUUUCUUAGGUGGACUAGUAGAGGUUGGAGGAUCUGCCAAAUACCUGAAUGAUAGUAAAACAUCCAAAAAUCAGUCCAGAGUAACACUGAACUACCAAGCAACCACAAAGAUGCGUCAACUCUCAAUGAAUCAUCUUGGAAGACGUAAUGUUAAGCAUCCAGAUGUCUUUGAAGACCAAAUAGCAACACAUGUAGUCACAGGAAUCCUUUAUGGGGCACAAGCCUUCUUUGUCUUUGACCGUGAGGUGUCUGAUAAAGAAAGUCAUCAAGACAUUCAGGGAAACAUGAAGGUGAUGAUCAAGAAAAUCCCCUGCCUCUCAAUAGAGGGGGAAGGUUCCCUCAAAAUGAACGACAAAAGCAUUGAAAAGGUGGAGAAGUUCUCCUGUAAAUUUCAUGGAGACUUUUUACUGCCGAAAUCUCCAACAACCUUUCAGGAUGCUGUACAAGUCUACCAAAGCCUGCCACAACUGCUGGGAACCAAUGGAGAAAAAGCUGUACCAAUGAAGGUCUGGCUGCUGCCACUUGUGAGUUUAGAUUCAUCUGCUGCUAAACUCGUCCGUCAGAUAAGUUUAGGAUUAGUGCAGAAAUGCCAGAGUGUCCUGGAGGACUUCACUGAGCUGGAAAUGAGAUGCAAUGAUGCAAUAAGAACCACCACUGCACAGCAGUUCCCACAGAUUGGUGACAAACUUAAAACUUUUAAAGAAUGUUUCUCUGAGUUCAAACUGGAAUUCCAACAAAACUUGGCAAAGAAACUUCCAUCAAUCCGGGGAGGGGGGGAAGAGGAGGCUGUGCUGGCAGAGAUCCUGAAGAAGAGACAUUCUUCUCCUUUCAACAACACAAGCCUGAACAAGUGGAUGGACUGUAAAGAGAGAGAAAUCCACAUCUUAAAAUCAUACACCAAAAUGAUGAAAAACACCAAGAUUGUCCCAUCUCAAAAUCUUCUUGAUGAGGAAACUCUGAAUGCAGACCAUGCUGUGUGUUUUGUUUUCACCUCACUGGGAAGUGCUGAACCGUACCUCUCAGCUUUAUCAAACUAUUUAGAAGAAAAACCCAAAGCAGAUGACCCUCAAGAUCCACGUUGUCAUGACAUAGAGAAGAAACAAUGGUACGCCUCUAAAGAAGUAUCAGAUGCAGUGAGGCGCAAAGUAAAGCUGUUCAGUGAUUUUGCAGAAGCCAACAAAGAUAAUAAGAACAUAAAGUUCCUGACAGUGGGUUUAACAAAUGAGACACACAAAGGUUCAAUCAUCUACGUUUAUGAAGACGGCUUUACUGACAGUGAGAACUUUGAGCCUCCUUCAAAGCCUGAAACAGUGACAGCAGGUGAUGUAACCCACAACAGUGUGACACUGAAGAUCUCUCCACCAAGAUUUGGAGCAGAGAACAUCACCUCCUACUGUGUAGAGUACUGUGUCAGUGGAGAGGAUGGAUGGAAACAAACACCAGCAGCAAAAGCUGAAGAAGUCACAGUGAGCGGUCUGACUCCUAACACAGAGUAUAUGUUCAGAUGCAGAGCAGUGACCUCAGUAGGUGUUGGACCAGAUGGUGAAGUCAGUGGUCCCAUUAAAACUUUACCUUGCAGCCCUCCUGGAAAACCUCAAGUUGAAACAAACUCAGUCUCCAGGUCUACAUCUCCACUUGUCUACUGCAAUGAUGAUCUGAUCAGGAUUGUGAUGGUGGGAAAGACUGGAGCUGGAAAAAGUGCCUCAGGAAACACCAUUCUGGGAAGAAAGUGCUUUAAAUCUGAGUUCACCUUCAAAUCUGUGACUAAUAAGUGUAAAAAGGCUGUUGGUGAGGUGGAUGGAGAAAAGGUUGCUGUUGUUGACACUCCAGGCCUGUGUGACACUGCGAACACUGAAGAGCAAACAUUCAAAGAUAUUUCUCAGUGUGUUAGUUAUGCUUCACCUGGACCUCAUAUCUUCCUGAUUGUCAUCAGACUGGGCAGAUACACAGAGGAAGAAAAGCGGACAGUGCAGAUGAUUCAGGGAAUUUUUGGUGAGGAAGCCGACAAAUACAGCAUGGUUCUCUUUACCCAUGGUGACCUGCUCGAAGGGAAACCUAUUGAGGAGUCAUUGGAAGACAGCAAAGAUCUGCGGGAACUUGUGGCCAAAUGUAACAACCAGUACCACGUGUUCAAUAAUAAGCAGGAGGAUCGUUCUCAGGUCAGUGAGCUGCUGAAGAAGAUCAGAAAUAUAAAUAAGCAGAAUGGAGGAAGCUACUACACCACCGAAAUGUUCCAAAAGGCAGAGAGAGCGAUUGAAGAGGAGAAGCAACGAAUCCUGAAAGAGAAAGAAGAACAAAACCGCAAAGAACUGGAGAAACUGAGGAAGAAAAUAGAGAAGAGGUAUGAGCAUCAGAUGAGAGAAGUGAAGGGUGACAGGGAGAGGGAGAUUAAAUUAGAGGAAGAACGUGAAAAAGAAAGACAAAUGAAAAUGAUAAAACUGAUGGAAGAGCAAGAAUUUCAGGCCAGGUUGGAAGCUGAGGUCAGCCAUUGGGUUAUCAAAAUCGUAAGUCCAUUUGUUUCAGCGGCUGGUUUUAUUUACUUGUCAUGGUUGAAACUUAAAGACCCAGAAUGCUUCAACUUCAAAGAGGACUAUAGAGAAUUUAAAGAAAGCUGGAAAGAGCUCAAACAGGAAGUAUUCAAUGAGGUGAAGGAAUUAAGGGAAAAAAGUAAGGAAAAGCGUCUUGCUGACAGAAAGAGGGCAAAUAAGUGA